AUGCAUGUUGCACUUUCUCCAUUGAUGAAGGCUUUGGUUGCAAAUGACCUCCUGAGGCAUUCUGAUCUUGAUGUGAAGGUCGCAGUUGCUUCUUGUAUAAGUGAGAUAACUAGAAUUACUGCGCCCGACGCUCCAUAUAAUGAUGACAAAAUGAAGGAUGUCUUUCAAUUAAUUGUAUCAUCCUUUGAGAAUUUACAUGACCAGUCCAGCAGAUCAUAUAAUAAGAGGGUGUUGAUCCUUGAGACAGUGGCCAAGGUCAGGUUAUGUGUUGUCAUGUUGGAUCUAGAAUGUGAUAAGCUCAUUACUGAGAUGUUUCAGCACUUCCUUAAAGCUAUAAGAGAGGAUCACCCAGAGAAUAUCUUCUCAUCCAUGGAAAAUAUCAUGACUCUUGUGCUGGAAGAAAGUGAAGAGUUACCCGUUGAGUUGCUCAGCCCUCUAUUGGCUAGUGUUAAAAAGGACAAUGAUGAGGUGACACCAAUUGCUAAGAGGUUGGGGGAGAAAGUAUUUGCAAACUGUGCAGAGAAGCUUAAGCCUUACUUGAUGCAAGCAGUAGAAUCAUUGCACAUCUCUUUGGAUGAGUACGACAGUAAAACUGUUACUUUAGUGUGUGAAGGGACUCUUCAACUUCGUGGGCACAAAUCUACCUCAUAUGUUUGGAGUUACUAUGAAAGGAUUGAAGAAGGUGAUGAUGGAUGGUGGAAAGUAAGAUGUAGUCAUUGUCGUCUUGUUCUUCAUUACAAUGCGCGACGUAUUGGCACUAAAUGCUUAAUGAAAUAUGUUGAGCGUUGUUUGGAGCGCAAUUCGAUGGAACCUAUACGAAUUGAGUAG